AUGAUCUGCGAUUUGAACGUGGUUUACCCACAGGAUGACUUUGACGUGUUUCCAGGGGCAAGGGAACUCAACAAACUUAAAGGUUGCCUGGCAGUGCUAGAACAGCUUGGAUAUACACAUAUUGCAUUGAACUUCGAACCCAAGUGGACUUCCGGCACGAUUAACAAACAUAUGCCCGGAGAUAUACAAAAGGUGAAUCCUAUUAACGUUGAUAAGGAUUUCCCGGAGUUUAAAGGAAGGCUGAAGAUAUAUAGUCGGAUAACAUUGAAGAUUGACGAUCCAUCACAAUGUCAAAACAUCACAAAGUUUCAGCAGGUUUUCGAUAUUGUGGCUGUGGAACCACAGACAGAGCGUGCAUUGCAGUUGGCAAUCACGAAUUUGGAGGUGGAUAUAAUCACGUUCAACUACCGGGAAAGACUACCGUGCUAUUUGAAGCAUAAAACAAUUGGUGCUGCGACCGAGAAAGGUAUACACUUUGAGAUUAAAUACUCUGACAUUUUAGAAAGUGGCACACAUGCCAGAGCACAGGCUAUAUCGAAUAUCAAGCAGCUUAUAAGAGCAUCGCGAUCACGUGGCUUAUUGUGCACCAGUGGGAUAACGUUUGAGGAAAGAUCACGUGCAAGAGCUUACUGUGAUGUUUCUGUUUUGCUUGAAUUUAUGGGAUUGGACCGCAAUCGGGCUAGUCAGGCGUUUAAGGACUGGAGUUUGGAUGUGCUUUUAUCCGGAAGACUUCGGAUUAAGUCGUAUAAGCAAGUGAUUGCGGUAAGUGGAGAUGGGGGACUCAUUGAUAACAGUUUAGAGCAGAAUGAUUGGUCGUUGAAGAGGAAAGAUGCUCCUACAAAUAUCAAAAUCGACGCCCGCGGAUACAAGAAAAGGAGGUUAGUGGAGAAAGAUUGA